CGACUUUGAUCCACAUACACACGCACGCACGCACGCAGCAGACGGCGUGAUUGUUGACGAGGAUCCGGUUAGGCCGGUAGUGCUCGUAGGUCCGGAGUGUUUAGAAGUUCGUAAUUUCGGUGUUUCGGGAACAAGAACCGGCCACGGCCACGGGUUGUUUUGGAGCGGAAGCAAUAGUACGCAUCAACCUUCCAGGCGGGCGGGAAUCCAGAUUUCUCGCUCAUUGUUGUUGUUGUUGUGUGUGAUGGUGUCAAUACAGAGAGUGACUAAUCGCGUAUUGCCAUGUGAUGGUGUGGAAGGAAUGUAAAUGUGUUCUGAAACCGCGGGAAAUACCGCAUAAAGUUGUAUUUGAAGUGGCGGUGAUGAUGUUGCGGUGACUUGUAUGCUCCAGCAGAAUAGCAACCUAGCAGGAGAAAUCGGCAAGAACACGGGAAGAACAACGUAGAGCUCUUGUCAACACGAUAAAGAUCACAACAAUCACAAGGUUCGCAGUGUGUGUGUGUGCUAGUGAGGUAUCCGAGUUAUCGUAUCGUACGCCAGCUGAUAUCGGGCAGUCCGAAAUCCGACGGAACCGUACCGUGAUCUGAGACCGCGCCAAACAAGUGAGUUGAAUGGUGCGGUGUAAACGAACCCGCGCGACGAAGACGAAGUGAGUGAAGCAGAUGAUAUUUACGUCAAGGAAAGAAGUGCAAGGAGUCUCUACAAUAAGCACCAGUGUCCUCCAUUCGCAAAGUGCACCAUCAAAGUACCUUCGAAUACCUGCGUUCUAGUACGACACCGCUUAGUGUGAUGGUGGUUUCUUGGAAACAAAUCAAAGUGACCCGGAGAAAUAGUUGUUUACCGCUCGCAGCCUCCUGAGUAACCGAAAUUAGUCUGUGCUUAACGACGGUUCUGCUUCGAAUUAGUUUAACCACACCAACACCCAACGCAUCUGCCGGAAAGGAUCCAUUAAACGAUUUCCCUCCCGGGCACAGGGCACUUCUACACCGGAACGGUACCGAGCGGUUCUGUUGAUGUGUUUUCUGGCGGUGCUACCUCCCAAGAUGAAUCAACAAUGCAAAGUGUGUGGAGAACCAGCUGCAGGAUUUCAUUUCGGAGCAUUUACAUGUGAAGGUUGCAAGUCCUUCUUCGGCCGGACCUACAACAAUCUGUCGUCGAUUUCGGAAUGCAAGAACAAUGGCGAGUGUGUCAUCAACAAGAAGAACCGAACCGCUUGCAAGGCGUGCCGGCUACGCAAGUGUCUCGUCGUGGGCAUGUCGAAGAGCGGCUCACGGUACGGGCGGCGAUCGAACUGGUUCAAGAUACACUGUCUGCUCCAGGAACAGCAACAUCACCAGCAGCAGCAGCACCAGCAGCAGCAAGAGAAAAGCUCCCCCGGCCAUACCAACCCCUCGAGCAACAAUAACGGCAACAGCCACAACAAUGCUUCACACUGUAGCAGCGGUAGCAAUAACAACAAUAACAACAACAACAACAACAACACCAGCGCUAGCACGAUCAGCAAUAGCAAUAGCACUAGCAGCGAGAACAGCAACAACAGCACCGGCGGCUCCCCGGGACUCUCGAUCUCGAACGGGUUCCACUCGGCCAGCUUUCUGUCAAACCUCUGCACCAACAACAACAACAACAAUAAUAAUAAUAAUAAUAACAAUAAUAAUAAUAAUAAUAACAAUAACAACAAGAUAAACAACAACAACAUCCCAGUGAAGAAGGGACUGAAGCGGCCAAGCACACCGAGUGAUUCCGGAGCGUCGUCCGCGGAUCCGGAUGAAGGAGGAGGCGGAGGAGGUGGAGGAGGGGGUGGUGGGGCGCCAAGUGCGUUCAAGGAUCCGUUCGUGGCCACCGGUGUUGAGGUAGGAUUGGCGGGUCUCACGGACCGUCCCGACAUCGUGAGCGGUGGUCUACCGUUGAAGUUGCCCCGGACACCACCGAUCCACUCCACUACUACUGCCCUGUCCCUGCAGUCCCUGUCCGAUACGUACCGGCCACUGCUACUGGGUGACCGUAUGUCCCCGUUUCUGCCAACGCCAUUGCCAUUCCGAACGGACGUCACCGGCGGUGGUGGUACUACGUCAGCCGUAGCGUCCUUCUUCCCCGUACCGUUCUCGCUUCCACCGGUGGCGGUCUCGUUGGAACUGCUCGCUGCAUCGUCCGGCCACGCCACGUCCGCCGGUCCGGUAUUGCCGGUAGUGUCGAUGGCGGGCGUCCUGGGCUGCCGGCGGCGGCGCGGCGAUGGCGAGCAGAGCGAACCGAUCGACCUGUCCAUGAAGUCUAAGUCAUCGUCCAGGUCGUCGUCCGAGUCACCGCACCAUCAUCAUCAUCAUCAUCAUAGCCGGAUAGACAACAGUAGUUCGCCACUGCUGGCCGACCCUGGCCACGAUGGCGACCAGCAGCUGUCGUCACUGCUGACCGAGUCAUCCCGGGCCACCAAAACAACAGUUCCUCUCGAUCUGUCCAACUUUGUCCAACGAAGCAAAGCGUUGUCCGGGUGAUAGGCAUGUGGUUGUGUCUUUGUUCACACGGACACAAACCCGUGCGGGAUCGAGCCUUAGUUUCGGGGAAAGAUCGCGCGUAAAGCACCCUCGCAAGACGGAAGACGGAAUGUCUUUGAUUUUGAUUUUGUAUGUCGUUGUUAAGUAUGUUUGUGGUGAAUGCCUCCGAGCGAGUGAGCCAGUAAAAGGGACACAGUUUGCCAGUCGUGUAGGUAGCCGUAUUAGACGACUUAGAAAGAGGGCUACACUACAGUCUUGUGUUAUCAAAAUGAUUGCCAGUUGAACCAACUGUGUUCAUGUACGGCAUCCCGUCAACUCAGCUGCCACAGUAGUAAAUGGAAUCGCAUGGCGCAUGUCGCCGGUGGACACAAGACGUUUCGAGGAGCUUAGCUAAUAGGGUAAUGGAAGGUGAUUCCACUGUUGGAGUGUUGUUGCUCUCUCUCUUUCUCUCUCUUUCUCUCCUCUUGGUGCCAGAUAAUAACAGUGUACAAAAGCCGAAGUUGGGGCCGGCCUGAAGGCGGCAUUCGCUGGUUAUCGAACCUUCCUUUGCGAUUAGGUCACCGGACACACACACACACACACUGAAUAAUACACUGUUGAACACUUGGAUUAAUUUAUUUAUUGUGCGAAAGUGAGCGCUGAUCGUCAUACCAGUCGUCCGAUGUUCUUGGUAGCUGCAGGUGUCUGUGCACCUGUGCAAAAAAUGCAAUGACCGUUUUUUUUAUCGAAACUCUUAUGUCUAUCACUCUCUCCCUGUCUCUCUCUCUCUCUCUCUCUCUCUCUAUUUUUCUUUCCGUUCUUUACCGCUGAAACCUAUGCCACCGACAAUUGAGAGCGUGACUGUAAAUAGAAAUGUUUGUUUUUUAAUUAUGUUUAUUAUAAUUUGUACUGAACGAAAUCUAUUUAUAAUAU